CUUGGCGUCCAAGAUUUGGGGAGCUCUUUCGCCAUGGCUGCUUGGCUUCUCCUCCUCCUCAUCGCGGGCAACCUCUGGGCGAGCGGCUGCGGGGAAAGGAACAGGCCGACGUGCGGUUAUCCGCCGGCGCUUUGGUGCACUUCCGAAGAGAUCGCCCAAGCCUGCCAGGUGGAGAAGCAUUGCACCGGGUUGAUCUCCAACUCUCUGAAAGCUGACCCUGUCUCUGUCAGCCUCUACUAUGAAUCCCUCUGUGCUGGUUGCCGCCAAUUUCUUGUGCUGAUGCUCUUUCCCACUUGGGUGAUGCUAAACAAUAUCAUGAACGUCACUUUAGUCCCCUACGGGAAUGCAGAGGAGAGGAAAGAGGCCACAAAAUGGCACUUUGAAUGCCAGCAUGGCGAAGAGGAAUGCUUGGGGAACAUGAUAGAGGCUUGUAUCAACUACAUGUAUCCGGUAUACGCUUUUCCGCUCAUCUUCUGCAUGGAAUCAAGUUCAGAUGUCAUCGCCAGCUUGCCACUGUGCCUGAAGUUGUAUGCUCCUAACGCCUCCUUAGCAGAUAUCAAGGCAUGUGUGACUGGAGACCUAGGUAACAAGCUUAUGCAUAGGAAUGCUGAACUCACCAGGGCUCUGAAACCACAACAUGAGUAUGUGCCAUGGAUUCUCAUCAAUGGGGAACACAGUGAAAAACUUCAAACUCAGGCACAAGAUUCUCUCUUCAAUUUGGUUUGCAGCUUGUAUAAGGGAGAUUUGCCAGCUGCCUGCAAAAGGCCAAAUGAGCUUCCUUUUCCUCCAAUUCACACUUUCUUGAGGAAGUCCGCGCCCAACUUGUUGGAGUUUCCGGAGGGAGAGGAGACAGUUUAUCAGUCUGCCCAAGGAAAAGCAAAGGAAACCUUUUAGGAUUUUAAUCCUACAUGUCAUUAUUGGUUGAAUUUUCCUGCUACAAGAUGGAGUUUGGAUCUGGAAUGCAGUGAAGUCAAGGAACUCUUUCAAGGAGGCAGAAGAAGAAAAAUCGGGCAGGUGUUUUGGGAAGAAGUCUUGAUUUUCUUGGUGCUAUAAGAAUAAACCUUUGGAAAGGUA